GAGAUUGAUGAGAAUAUAAAGAGUGGUUAUAUCUUGCAAGACACCACUCAUGUCUCAAACAGAAAAAAGCUUCGGCGGGAAAAAGAAAGCAAGAAACACCCUCCACCCCACCCCAACGCAACAACUCAUACAUAAGGUAUCGAAUAUAUAACGCAGAGAGAGAGAGAGAGAUUGUUGAAGCAUCUGCUCUCUUCUUCUCUGAGAUUCUGAGAAGAUAGCGACCUCCUCUGUUUUGAAUAUCAAUCGGCUUCUCUGAAUUUCUUCUCAGGAAAGAGAGAGACUAGUUGAAUUCAAUCCACUAAAAUGUGAUGGAAGAUAAUUGCCAACACUGAAGUAGAAUGGAGCAGGGCACAGCAAAUAUCACCAUUGACCGGUAUGCCAAGCUUGUGAAGGGCUCUUGGUUCAGUCAGUUCCACAAUGGCUCCAAUCCUUGGAUGGCCAGAUAUGUCUACGGCUUAAUGUUUCUCAUUGCAACUUUUCUUGCUUGGGCAGUUCGGGACUAUGGCCAUGGUGCCUUGACAGAAAUGAAAAGACUCGAAGAAUUUGAAGGAGGCGUAGAUUGUUUGGGUACAGAAGGAGUUCUUCGAGUGAGCUUAGGAUGUUUCUUAUUCUAUUUUGUAAUGUUUCUUUCUACAGCUGGUACCUCAAAGUUGGGUGGUGCUAGGGAAUUGUGGCAUUCUGGAUGGUGGUUUGCCAAGAUUCUCUUGAUGAUCACACUUACAUUGCUUCCCUUUUUUGUUCCUUCAGCUGUUAUUCGGCUUUAUGGGGAGCUAGCACAUUUUGGUGCCGGGGUUUUUCUACUAAUUCAACUAAUUAGCAUCAUCAGUUUCAUCACAUGGUUGAACGAUUGUUGUCAAUCUGAAAAAUAUGCAGACAGAUGCUACUUCCACGUGAUGUUACUCGCGACUAUUGCAUAUGUUGUGUGCAUACUGGGGAUAAUUUUGAUGUACAUUUGGUAUGUGCCAGAGGCAUCUUGCCUUCUUAAUAUUUUCUUCAUCACCUGGACACUUGUACUCCUCCAACUCAUGACCAGUGUCUCUCUCCACCCAAAAGUGAAUGCUGGAUUCUUGACUCCAGGGUUUAUGGGGCUAUAUGUGGUGUUCCUCUGCUGGUGUGCCAUUAGGAGUGAACCACCAGAAACUAAAUGCAUCAAGAAAUCGGAAGGUGAAAUCAAACAAGACUGGCUUACCAUCAUAAGCUUUGUUGUUGCGGUACUUGCAAUCGUUAUUGCUACAUUUUCAACAGGCAUUGAUUCCAAAUGCUUCCAGUUCAGGAAGGACGAGUCAGAGGCCGAAGAUGAUGUACCAUAUGGUUUCGGUUUCUUCCAUUUUGUUUUUGCCACCGGAGCAAUGUAUUUUGCUAUGCUGUUGGUUAGUUGGAAUACUAAUCACACAGUGAAAAAGUGGACAAUUGAUGUUGGUUGGACCAGCACAUGGGUUAGAAUAGUGAAUGAAUGGCUGGCAGUCUGUCUUUAUAUAUGGAUGUUGAUAGCUCCAAUUAUAUGGAAAAACAGACAAGCAGCUGAAUCAUCAGUUUAAAUACACUUCUGAAGAAUUUAUUUGUUUUUUUGGUAUCAGCAGAUGGGAAGCUAAGAACUUUUCUGUCAAUACUUUCAAUUACUUCUAGGAUAAAAUUUAUUAUUUGUUUCAUUUUUGAAUGAAAAGUAUAUUCCUAUAUUGUCCAACCCUGCACACUACAUUCAAUCUCACCAUAUGAUUAGAAAGCAUCUCAAUAUUUGUAAAUUAUGGAACAUUUUUGGAACCUUAAAUAUUUUACCUUUCUUACAUCUUAGUGGAGUUAAUCAUGAUUCCCAUCUCUCUCUCUCUCUCUCUCUCUCUCUCUCUAAGACUUUAAAUUUGGAUCAAUCAUGGUGCUUCAAUGAUUCAGAAAGUACUACAAAAAUUAAAGUGGGGCUAACCUUGGUUGUGAAAAGGUGUUUGAUACAAGACAAACCGGUGUUAAUUAUUUGGAAAAAAAAAAAAAAAAAAAAAAAA